GCCUGGGAACUGAGUUUGACCCCGCCCCGCAUGAACCUGAGGAGUACGGAUCAGUCAAUAUACGCUGGCUCCCCUCCCAAACGAUCGGCUCCCCUCCCAAAGGAAUGGUAUCUCCCACUCUGCAUGGGGUCUGGACCAACCAUUAUCCCACGAGCUUCCAGAACCAUGAGUGACGGGGACAAGAACCCGGCGAGCACCCCCACGCCGCUGGCCGACGUGCAGGGGGACGGGCGCUGGCUGGCGCUGCACCAUCGCUUCAUCGCGGACAGCAAAGACAAGGAGCCUGAGGUCGUGUUCAUCGGGGACGCCCUGGUGCAGCUGCUCCAGCAGUUUGAGAUCUGGCGCGAGCUCUUCUCCCCACUGCACGCGCUCAACUUCGGCCUGGGGGGCGACGGGACGCAGCACGUGCUCUGGCGGCUGCAGCAAGGCGAGAUGCAGCACAUCCGGCCCAAGAUCGUGGUCGUCUGGGUGGGCACGAAUAACCACGGGCACAUGGCCGAGCAGGUGGCGGGCGGCAUCGAGGCCAUUGUCCAGCUCCUGCAGCAGCAGCAGCCGCAGGCACGCGUGGUGGUGCUGGGCCUGCUGCCCCGCGGCCAGGGCCCCAACCCACUGCGGGAGCGGAACCGGCGGGUGAACGAGCUGCUGGAGGCCCGGCUGCCGCGGCUGCCCAACGCCUGCUUCCUGGACGCCGACCCCGGCUUCGUGCACUCGGACGGCGCCAUCAGCCACCACGACAUGUACGACUACCUGCACCUCAGCCGGCACGGCUACGCCCGCCUGUGCCCGCGGCUGCACGCCCUGCUGCUGCGCCUGCUGGGGGAGGGCCACGGGGCCGGGCCCUGAGCCGCCGCCGGGGAGUGCCACGGGGCCGGGCCCUGAGCAGUCACCACCCACUUCCCUCCCCCCCACACACACACUAUGCAGGGCUGUGACCCACCACCAUCCACACCCACACCCGGCUCCCCGCCCCCUGCACCACCACAACCAUCCCACUUGCCAUGCGACUGCCCGGGGCCCCUUGCACCCACAUGGGCAUUAAACACUGAUUUGUCA